UUUAAUUUCUCGCUUGCUGCUAUAAAAACUGCAGCGAGAACAGCGCGAGAUGGAUCGUCCAACCGCGACUGCGUCCCCGGAGCCGCCAAGAACCUAGCUUGACUACUCUGCUGCACUAGCUAGCUAUCUCGAGGAGAGAGAGAGAGAGAGAGAGAGAGAGAGAGAGAGAGAUGAGGCCGGGAGCGGCGGCGGCGAGCGGCGGCACGGUGGCGUUCGCGUGGGAGCACGAGCCGGGGGUGUCCAAGCUGCUGCAGAGCGCGACGACGACGACGACGAAGCCAGCGCCGCCACCACCGCCGGCGGCGGAGGAGGAGGAAGACGGAGAAAGGGCGGCGCCCCCGGUGGCGAGGACGAAGCAGGCGGCGGCGCACAGGAUACGCGUGCGGCCGCCGCCGGGGGCGCCGUGGAGGGGCCGGCGUGGCGGCGCCGUGGUGCGGCCGGAGGAGGACCCGUUCCUCGCGGCGUUCCUGGCCUGCACCGAGCGCGGGAGGAAGAAGGCGCCCCACAAGCUGCUUGGGCUCGGGCUCGGGCUAGGGCUCUCCUGCAAGGGACCCGGUGACGUGGUGCAGAGCGUGGUGAGGCUGGCAAAGAUGCCUCACUCCCUGAACGACGAUGAUUGAAUCGCACCAUUUUUUCUGGUCUCUGAUGAUUAUCUGUGAAUCAAGAUUAGUUCGCGAUGUGUCUUUGAAAGGAAACAGAUUAAAGUUCGUGAUAUUAAGGUUUCUCUCCCACCUUCUAAGUUUCGCAAAAUGGGUUUUUGUUUUUACAUUUUCCCCUCUUUCUAAUCGGUAAGAGAUGAGGAAAUCCGGGUGCAUAUCCGACAUAUGAUUUCGGGCUACCAAAAUCAACCAUUUCAAAUAUUGGUACUGCUAAAAUUUUGAUAGACAACAAAUUAAACUAAAACUUAUCAUCACAACAUUACCAAUAAGUUGUACUCACGAAACUAUACCAAAAUUUAGUUUGGUAUCAAACUAAAUACAACCAUGGUGCCGCCACAGAAAUACAUAGAGCAGCGGCGAAAAAAAAUGACAAACACAUGAAAGAUCAA